CUCUCUCCCUGAGCUUCUUGGGUCAUAUCAUCUCACUCUUACUUAAUGCACUUCACAGCUUCAAUUCAUUUCAAUUCACAUUCGCACGUACCCUCCUUGCUUCACGUGUCAACCUCCCACUCUCUUUCUUUCUCGCUGUAAAAUUGCAGCUUUUUCCCUCUUCCUUCUUAUCCCUAUUAUCCCUGUAACACUAACAACAGCCCGAUUCCUCACUGUUUUUUUUCACUUUUAUUAUUGCCAAGUCUCUAUAUUUUUGCUUACUUGCAGGGCCAAAGCUAGAUAAUUACCUAUUCACAUUAUCAGUUCUGCUUCUGUGGAUUUAGGGAAAAAGAAAAGCACUAGCGAGUACGAACUAGAGAGAUGGAAAAUGGCGGGAACAUGUUCGUUAGUAUUCAUAGCAAUGGUAGCAGAGGGCAGUUUAGUAAUAAUAGCAACAACAAUCUUUGUUGGGAUAACGGGUGGGCGCUUAAUCAUUCGGUUUCUGGAUUCGAUUGGGUUAAUAGCAGUAGUUUAUACACCACCGCUGCCACUACAACCGCCGCAGAGACUGUUCCUGUCACUCAACUAGAAGAGAGUACAACCCACGCGCUCAUAUUUCCUCACUGUGUACAAAACCACCACCACCAUCCACACCACCAGUCUCUAUACGGCGGGGACGGAUCUCACGUGCACCCUGAUCCACACCUCAUGUGCUUGAAGUUGGGAAAGAGGCACUAUUUCGAGGAUGCUACCUCAAUGAACGAGCGACACGUGGAAGGAUUCUCUGUGGUCAAGAGAGGAAAACCCUACUACAACCUCGGUGGUGUGGGUCCGUCGUCUUCUACCGCCGUGAUCGGGUCAACGGCGACGAUACCUAGGUGUCAAGUUGAGGGAUGCCACGUCACGCUUGCCGACGCCAAGGACUAUCACAGAAGACAUAAAGUUUGUGAGAUGCACUCAAAGGCUCCCAAGGUGGUGGUUUUAGGGUUAGAGCAGCGUUUCUGUCAACAGUGUAGCAGGUUUCAUGUAGUGUCAGAGUUUGACAACUCGAAGAGGAGUUGCAGAAGGAGACUGGCAGGUCACAAUGAACGUAGAAGAAAGAGCUCUCAGGAUUCUGUUUCCCGGAACCCUUCUCAAGGACGUGCUCUCUCUCUUCUGUCAGCCAGGGGGAACUCUUGGGUUUCAUAUUCAUCCGACCUCUCUUCAAGAUGUAGUGCUGCACUGAGUGAGCUAAUUGCAGAGAACCGUGCCACCAUCCUGGCUAGGCAUCUUAUACUUGACCGUGAUCACUGGCACUUGCACCACGCCAUUGAAGAACUUGGAGACGCUCAACAGCAACAUUGCUCCAAUUCUUUCAUGUCUCAGCACAACCACAUGUUAGGCCCGCCUCACUACCAAGAAGCUGAUACACACGUAACAUUGGAUCUCAUGCAAGCGCCAACCGGCCAAUUCGGAUUCUUGUCUGAUACAGACAAAGAGAAGGAAGAUGAAGAAGAGUCUUCUGAGUUAUGGAACUCGUUGGAGCGAGCUCAUGUAGUUUAAAUUAAUGAAAGCUUCCAUCGUUGUGUACCUAGUAAUAAAUUUAUGUAUUCCAUGUAGCAUGGGUCUCAUCCUUUCAUUCAGGUCAUGCAUUAUUAUGCUGUAAAAUUUCAUGUAACUGAUGAGGACAAUUCUUUUUUUCUUACAGUCAUUCAAGUAAUUCAAGUUUGUCCAGAAAGAAUAAACUGAUCAU